UUUCCGCCCAAUUCUGACAGUACGAUCCAGCCAUAAGCGAUAAACCGGCACACGAAACUAUACUGUAUUCUAAAGCACUGGACAAGUUCCACAAAGUUUUGAAGUUGCACGUUUGAGGCCCUCCGGUUUACUUGUAUUUACCCACUGAUGUGACUGUUAACGGUUGUCAUAGAGAAUCCAUUUUUGAUCACAAAAUCAGUUAGCUCGGUGCAAGGAUAGGUCACGGUUGUUAUGAGGAGGCCAAGAAAAGCAAGUGUCUCCACGUCUGUUUUUCAUCCUCGCAUGAAUCAUGCGGCAGAAAUUUUAUUGCUUUGUAUUGUUACAUGCAUCAGACCUGAACGCUAACAGCUGUGCACUUUCAGAUGGAUCUGCUUCUGUCAUAGUGUUGAACACUCUAUUAUUAACUUUAAAAGAGGGUAUUUCGCAAGAUUCACUUUCGAGCUCGAGAUUUCCUCCCGGGAAGCUUUUGAGUGAACGUUGUUUCUAGCAGUAUAAUAUUCACCAAAUACAAAAUUUUGAUGCGAAGAACCAUUUCCGCCGCUGUGCUUCCAAGAUGGAACUCAUAUUCAUACAUCAGUUGACCCGUUUGCCUUUCCAUGGCCCCCUAUAACUCCUCUUGCUGAAAGCUCGAGCGAUAACGUGUGACUAAACAGCCUCAGAUUUUAACGAGUACAGGAGUCUGACAAACUAAUACGGAAGUCUCAAGGUAGCCCGUUUUGCGAAUAUUUAGAGAAGUGUUGAAUUCGUAAAUGCUACGGUUAUGGCUAAUGUGGACGCCCUAGCCAACGCGUCCGAGAGGAGAAAAAACGACAAUGACUUGAAGGUCGACAAAAACCAGACGACUAGCAAUGACAUUGCUGCUACGUACAUAAACCCCUGCACCCCUAACGACAAAGUGGGUCGAGAGCAUAAUGGCGAAGCAAAAAAAAUUCGAAGAAGUAUCAGCUUUUCUGACACUCCGACAAAGAUAAGCCCGAAGAAACAUCACGACGGAACCGUCACUGAAAAUACAGCACGACAAAUUGAUUUCGCUGAUUCUGGGCAGGAUGUUUCGAAUGAAAGCAACUCCACCGAAACAUUACGACAUCUUUCAAGGGACGAGGAUUCUACGCGACACGGAACUUGUUGUUUUUUGGCUCGGCGGCAAACGAUUGCCGAUCUGUACCCAGCAAUUAAGGUUUCUUCUCCGAAUGGAACUGAACGACGUACAAGCAGCGAGUCCAGCUUGGAAAUACGACUUCUGGAUAUUUUCGAACAGGAGUCGCUUUCGUACGAAAAGCGAAACAUCCGGGAGCAGUUUUCGUGUAAAUACAUACCAAAAGACACUGGUCUUUUAACACCAACGGCGUCGACUGAAACUCUCGUGGGACGACUAUGCGAGGCAAGCUGUGUCACACCCACCUUAACACCCCGCUCAACGCAAAAAACGUCGUCAUCGGUGAACGGGUCCAACCGAAAAAGACAAAUCAGCAUAAUCCCAAGAAUAAUCGCUACGUCGCCCGCGGUCCCGGUCGCAAAAGGGCCUGAAUUAGUUGUCAUUUUUCGCAAAAUGGGCACAGACCUUCCAAAACGAUUAGCCAAGAACGAAAGGGCUCUUAGUGCUAGGAAAAAUUCCCUUGGCGAAUUCGGUGUUUUGAAGCCUACCGUGCAAGAAAGCUUUGACGCAGGAUUUAUUCAAGCGUACAAGCUGAUCGCGCAAUGCAUUGACCAAGCUUCGCUUAUGCACCGCUCGAUCGAUGACGAUCAACAUGAGAAGCAUCUGACGGCCAGUUCUAUUAACGAAGUUCUCAAAAGUGACCACACGGGAGAGUUUAUUCAACAGAUACUGGAAAACGUUUUGACCCCCCUAAAGGAAAUACUUGAUGAUCCCGAAGCUGAUGGAGUUGAGUUAGCCUUAGACACGGUGGAAGCUGCCAUGAGUGAAGCUAGCAGGGGUACAUACGUUGAAGCAAGAGACGAACCUAACGACCCACUUUUCGAACGACGUGCUCGACCAAGCCUUUGGGAACUUGAACGGCAGUUUCGACGUGGUGCCAAAGACGCUUAUAACCAGAUUAUUGUAGAAGCAUUUAACGAUGAAGCAGAACUUGAUCUGAAAGAAUUGGUGGACAAUAUUUGCGAACUUGUCAGCAUCUAUCAGAUGGGAGUCAAAAGGCUGCUGGAGUCGAACGUAACCUGACAGAUCAAACUUUGAUCAAUUAAUAGCAUUACUUAGAAAUGGCGAUCUUCGGCAAACGCGACAGCUUCAACGUUUUUCCUUUACGCACACUUCCUGUCUUUGUUUCGCAGAAGUUAGAUCGGGUCAAAUUGUGUUAAUGAUAAGACCAAGACAAGAGAAAUGAACAAAGAGAGCAUCUGCAAUUAUUGUAUUAUAAGAUCGCAAGUGAGCACAAAACGGAUACUAAGUAACUUACGUCACUAAGAGAACAAUGAUUAGUAAUUUACACCCAAACAAAUGCUCAGUAGAAAGUACAAAGCCGGCCGGGUAUCGUCAAGCAGGACCUUCAUGACACACGCAGUAGGUCGACAGAAAAAUUCGAUAUUUACCGAAUUAGAUUGAAUAUACAUUUGUUUCUGGGCAUUAAAUAUCUUUAUUUAUCUUAGCUAUAUACUAUGUCAAACAUUUUCUAAUAUGAAUCUUAUUACUUUACCUAACAAACCAGCUCAAUUAUCCAAUUAAUCAUCACGAAUCUCAACAAGGAUAGCUAAGUGCUAAGUAAACCUAUGAUUCUUUGCCUGUUUUUCGCGUGUCCUUGACCAAGGACAACUUUUCGUUGAACAGUUCCUGAUUUUUGCUGUUACUGUUGAUUAUGAUAAUGAUGUUUUUUUGUUGUUCUCGUCCUAUUGAUUUACAUGGGUCCCGAGACCAUUUAAAGAGUCGAGCAUAAUUCUACUAAAUAACUUGGAUGAAAAACAGAACAGGAUAUAGCUAAAUGAAGCAAGAUCUGCUUUUAUAUAGCAAAUCGGAAAGAAUAUUUAAACUAAUUACAAAAGAUUUCAAUUAUACAUGUUUAUAAGACGACCUUUAUUAUCGAUACAGAUGGGUACAAUUCCGCUUUUAAUCAACAACCUACGUUUGUGUGAAUCGUACAUAUAACACGCUUGGUUACUACCACACACUCAGUAAAUAAAUGCUUUUCUAUUUCGAAAUUGACCGUACACCAUUGCAAUAGACACGGUUUCAAGUGGCAAUAGUUGGGCUUACGGACCCAAACUCUAAAAUUUGAUGAAUCUCUCCUCAAACGAACAGGUCCCAUUUGUUUUGUCUGACAAAUCGUUCCAAGUCAGGCAAAUAAUGUCAGUUUCAAUUUGUAGGGUUUAACUUUCUUUUGCGUGGGCUACGGUAAGUAUCGCUUUAUGCUAUUUUGUCUAAAACAACGCCCCAUUUUCGUGCAGCUUAGUUAAUCGGUUUCCUUUUUUUAUUGACGAAAUAAUUUGUUUUGGGGCUCCUAAGGUCAGCAAAAAAUUACCGUUUUAGGCGGGUAACACAGCCAUGAUGCCUUGACGUGAAGCUAUCUUUACUUUAAAUUAUUAUAAAAAUACAAAGUCCCUAAUCAAAAAAACUCAAAUAGGACACUAUGUACCUAAAAGCUUGCUCGUCCUAAAUAGAUCUACUAGUAUCGACUCUUUUUAGCGGUUUUCGAAAACAAAGGUAUAGCAAUGUAUCGUAUAGGGCCUUGAUUGAUAAGCAACAGUAUUAUGCCAGCAGAGCCACGUCUGAGCGCAAGAAAAAAACAAUUUACGUUCAGCGUUGUCGAAGUGUUUAGAGUUAUUAUCCAAAACAAAUGGCACAGAAUUUCCUUAUAGGCUUCUGUUGCGCUCAAGUUGGCGGCCGCUGACAGAGGUGAACGCUUGACGCUAACGUCGGGAUAGCAAUUCUCGUUCUUUUUUCCUAGUUUUGACAAAGGACUCAGGAUAACUACUUCGCUUAGGAAACUUAACGCUGCCUUAAAAAUCUAUGUUUUCGAUUCUUCAAAGUCAAAUCAGCUUUCACAUUCACAAUAGCUAAUACUUGCAGAUUCAGUUUAUAUUUACUAUUUUAAAUCCGUAAUAAGAAAAGAAGGAAGGCCAUAGUUUUCCCUUUUGUUUCUCCUGUUGGCUGACAAGAGGUGUUCAUAGGUAUGAUUGAACAGGAAACAAGUUAUAUUGGACAUUCGUUACGCCAUCAUUGACAAUAAACGUAGUAAGCGUAUUUAGUUAGUUUAUGCUUGAUGAAAUUCGUCAGCUGUGAUUGUCUGAUUUUACUGGCGUUGGACGGUGCCCAUCUUAAACGACCGUCGCCAUACUCCUAUUCAAACUAAAUAUCAAAGAGGGCGCUUGUGCCACUCAGGAUCCAAAUGGUGUCCUAAGCGAAUCCUUGACCGACGCAAAAAUCUUUUAUGCUGUAAAAAAUUUGUCCCGACAAUCUAAUUAAUGUGCAUAUGUUAGGUAUGGAAUAAUACGAUGAUCUGAGUGCCAUAGUAUGCGCUGCAGAUACA